GAGAAGAUGCAUGCUGAGCUCAGUUCAUAAAUAGCCUUACCACUUCCUCAUAUGGCACAUUUUGCAAAAUGGAGCUUGUCGUACUUCUCUGUGCCGUUUCUCUGCUGCAUUCAUGUGAAGCACAAGAGUCCAGUGCUGUGACUCCUGUGUUUGUGAAGAAGGGAGAAGAUGUCCUUCUGAAUGUCACAAUAGCUGAUGAUCCUGAAGAAGAUCCUGUUUUCUGGAGAUUCAAUAAAACAGUUAAUUUAGUACGAUUUUUACCUGGUAGAGAACCAAAAGUCUCUGAUGAGUACUCUUUGAGGAUUGAGUUGCUUGAGAAAUACUCUGUGAAACUGAAGAAUCUAGAAGAGGCAGACAGUGGAGUUUAUACUGCAGUAGUGUCUGGGGAUACAGAUAAACAAAUAACUGGAUACAAGAUCACAGUUCAAGAUCCAGUGUCUCCAGUUAAUCUGUCAGUGGACUCUGUGUCCAGCAGCUCAGACUGGUGUAACCUGACAGUGAGCUGCAGAGCACAGGACUCUCACAUUAACAGCACCUUUAGAUGUCUCAACCACACCUGCAGUCAGGAGGGAGGAGAGAGACCACAGGUCACACCUUCUGAUGUUGAUCUCCAUGUCUACCUGUCCACUGGCUCCAUCAUCUGUAACCAUAGCAACCAGGUCAGCUGGACCAAGGACAUCAAAAUAAUUAAACAUUUCUGCCCCCGACAUGCUGGUCCAGAGAGUGUCUCUGCUGGUCUCUCUGUGUGCCUGCUGAACACAGCCUUGUUCUCCGUCAGUCUGAUCAUCAUGUGGUUGCAAACAAUGUAAGAUUUAAAAAAUAUUUGUACAAAAUCUGGGAAAAAUGUAUUUCAACUCAUUUGUAAAGCUUAAAUGAUACUUUCAAUCGAAUUUUGCAUUUUAUCUCCUUUACAUUUAUAUUGUUAUCAUUAAGAGCAAAGAUACAAGAAAUAGCCUUGAUAUAAUCCUGAAUGUUAUUAACAAUGUUGUAACAAUAUACUGUUAUGCAUGUUUAUAUGUACAGUAUGUUAUUAUAUUUGUUCAUCUUUGGGUGACUGCAGUUUCUGCUACAUGCACCAUUAUCUGAGAUUCAUUAACGGUAUACUCAUAUU